AAAUCACAGAAUUAAUCAAUAACUAGAAAACCACCUGUACUGUGCCAGAGGACAAAGCCUCCAUCAGACAUUUUUAGCUUAGAUUUUAAAGCUUCUAUAAUAAAACAGCUCAGCAGUGCAUGUAUCAAGGUCUUUGUAAUGAUUCAGGUAGGCCUUAAUUAUUUUAGACAUAUACUGUUUUAUAGACAUUAAAAAGGAAAUCAGUUAUUCUAUGAAAGAAAUAUAAAGACUAAGUGCAGCUAGACUUCAAACAGAACUAACACUGUAAAAGUGUCGUAGUUGAGGUCCUCCUCACAAAUAAUGAAGCUACUAAAACAUGGCUGGCUCCUGCUGAAGCUCACUGUUGCACUGGGAUUUCUAGGGAUACUUUCCCUGCUCAGUCGCCCAAAAAUAGGUUGGGAUCCUACCUACAGGUUCAGCUGGUUGGAGUAUACAGAUGCUGAAGACAUCCCAGAGAAAGUGUGCAACUGUUCAGCAAUCCUGCAGGGAGAGAGUGAGGCAGUGGAACAGGCCAAAAUACUGACCAUCACUAAAGACUUCCACAAGAGUGUUCAGAUUCCUGAUGAGUACUAUAUCAAUGCAACCCAAGACUGCAGGGAAUUCAAGUUAAGUAGGAAAUACUUAACAUUCCCUUUAAGCCAGGAAGAAGAGGAAUUCCCUCUGGCUUACUCCAUGGUUGUGCAUCAUAAGGUGCAGACGUUUGAGCGACUGCUGCGAGCCAUCUAUGCACCUCAAAAUAUCUAUUGUGUCCAUGUGGACAAAAAAUCAGAGGCUUCAGUCUUCUCUGCCAUCAGUGCCAUUACUUCCUGUUUCCCAAAUGUCUUCAUGGUCAGCAAGGCUGUAAAUGUGGUCUAUGCUGCCUGGCCACGAGUCCAGGCAGAUCUUAACUGUAUGGCUGAUCUCUAUAACGCCAAAACAAAAUGGAAAUAUUUCAUCAACCUUUGUGGCCAGGAUUUCCCUUUGAAAACCAACUUGGAGAUUGUGAGGGCGUUGCGUUCACUAAAGGGCGGUAACAGCUUGGAAUCAGAAAAACUGCCUGAAGAAAAGCAGAGGAGGGUGUCAAAUGUUUACCAGAUUGUUGAUGGUAAAAUCCAGGAGAAAGGAAAGACAAAGGAGCCACCUCCCUUUAACCUGCCCAUUAUGUCAGGAAAUGCUUACAUUGUGGUCAACCGAGGCUAUAUCCGCAGCGUGUUGGAGGACAAGCGAGUACUGGCACUGAUCGAGUGGGCCAAAGACACCUACAGUCCGGAUGAGUUUAUCUGGGCAACCAUUCAACGAAUCCCUGGUGUCCCUGGCUCAACGUUACCCAACCGCAAAUACGACAUGACCGACAUCAAUGCGAUUGCACGGCUGGUGAAGUGGCAGUCGCAUGAGGGGCCACUGGGUUCACUGGAGACGGUGUACCCAGUAUGUCAAGGCCACCAUGUCAGGUCAAUAUGUGUGUAUGGUGCUGGAGACCUGCAGUGGUUGCUUAAGCAGCAUCACCUCUUUGCCAAUAAGUUUGACACAGAAACCGAUCCCAUUGCUGUCUACUGCUUGGAGAAGUAUCUGAGACAAAAGACACUACUUGCUACCUAGAAUCCUGAGAUAUAUGGGAGAAUUGACCACAAGCUAUUUAAUUAUCUUUUGCAACAGAUCAUUUAAAUGAAACCAUUUUCAAGAUAUAUUAAAACUUAUUUACAUUUGAUAUAUGUUUUCUAAAGUGAUAAAAAACAAAAUAAUUGAAAUUAUACAGCAGAUUUUCAUGUCACUGGUGAUCCGUCUCUAUACUGCAGCCCCUCGGCCUCGAGGCCCUUUCACUGUGCACUUUGAAAGAGGUUUUUAAAAGUUUUGUUCCCACUAUUUUAAAUAACUCUCUGUCCACUGGCUAUGUUCCCAUCCUGCCUCAAGCAUGCAGUAGUGCACCCACUGUUUAAGAAUCCUAGCCUUGACCCUCUGGAUUACAUUUUUUUUAGAGCCAUUUCUGAAUUACAAUUUUUAAGACUUUAGAGAUUGCUGUUUACUUAGAGUUGAUUUUUUUUUGCGAAUAAUUAUGAUAUUUCUGACAAAUUGCUAUCAGGUUUCUGUUCACGUCACAGCACCGAAAUGGCUCUCAUCAAAGUGACACACAAUCUUAAUCUACUCACAGCUGAUGCUGGUGAUUGUUUGAUUUUAAUUCUUGAUUUGAGCUCUGCAUUUGACACAGUUUUCUCCGUCGACCGGAUCUCCAGAAGGUCAUUCAUGCUUUUAUUUUAUGGGUUAGAUUAUAUUAAUGCACUGUAUUGUAUUCAGGGUAAAGCCAAAAAAACAUCUCACGCCUUCAGCUGGUACAAAACGCAGCUGCUUACUAGAAGUAAGAUUAUAUCAGCCCUAGCCUCUCUUCACUGGUUACCAGUACGUUUUAGAGUUGAUUUUACUGACUAAUUUUAAAGCACUUCAUGGUUCAGCUCCCAGUUACAUUGUUGAAUUGCUGCUCCUCCAGGGUUUCCUCAGGGUCUUAAAAAGUCUAAAAUUUCUAAAUCCAAAUUUUAGGCCUUAAAAAGUCUUAAAUUCGCUGAAGUAUUAUGUUCUAGGUCUUAAAUUAUUUUAAACAGGUCUUAAUUUUCCUACAUCUAUGCAACGCUACCUCCUAUUCUCUUUUUU